CAAAUGGGAUAGAAAGUUUGGACCGUCCAUACAUGUGGGUCCCAUAAUUCUCACGGUCCAGAUUCACGGUGCGCCAAAAGAUUGAGCUAAAGCCCCUAAAACCCAAGAAGCAAAUCGGAGCAUUCCGAUCAUCGUUCAAUCGGCAUCAUCUCUUUACGGGGCUUCAUUUUUUUCAACUUUAAAGCUAUAUCUACAAUCGGCUGAGUGAAUGCGACGGUUUAGUUGGUUAACGCCGUAUCGGCGUCGACUGCUUGCAUCUAUGGCUUUGGAACCGCCCGUUGAUCAAGGAAAGUCCAUGAGUACAUUAUUGUCCUCUGGCCAAUCGUUGUCUAUCAGACGAGCUUUGAUGAGCUGCAAUUUUGCCAAAAUAAACGACCAGUCUGCAACUUCAAGAAUACCUUUAAAUUAUCGUUAUAUUCAUGCCACAGCAUUUCUUUCUUCAAUUGAGCGAGACUACUAUCAAAUUCUUGGUGUUCCUGAAAAUGCCAGUCAGGACGAUAUCAAGAAGGCAUUUCACAGACUUGCUAAGAAGUACCAUCCUGAUGCAAAUAAGAAUAAUCCAUCUGCUAAGAGGAAAUUUCAAGAUAUAAGAGAAGCUUAUGAGACCCUGAGAGAUUCUAAAAAGAGGACACAGUUUGACAAGAUGCGAACUUCAGAUUCUGAGAAUAUAGAAUAUGAACGGGAUGCUGAAGAACGGUUUAGAAAUGCUUAUAGGGCUCACUUUUCAGAUUCAUUUCAUAAAAUCUUCUCUGAGAUAUUUGAAGAAGCGACCACUCAUUCUGCAUCAAAUAUUGAGGUUGAGAUAUCACUUUCUUUCUCAGAAGCUGUUAAGGGGUGCACCAAACAUGUGUCUUUUGAUGCAGUUGUUCCCUGUGAUUUUUGUGAUGGGCGAGGCUAUUCGCACAAUGCAAAGGCAAUUGUUUGUCCAACAUGCAGGGGCGUAGGCAGAGUUACAAUCCCUCCAUUUACAUCAACAUGCAUCACUUGUAGAGGAUCAGGGCGAGUAAUCAAGGACCACUGUAAAUCUUGUGGAGGAUCUGGGGUGUAGAAGGCAUUAAAGAG